GAUUUGAUUAAUUUUUAGUUUGAAUUGAAGACAUCUCUACAUACAUAAUGAUAUGUUUUUAGUUAUUUAAAAUUUGCCAAAAUGGAAAGGUUUUAUUAUAUCGUAUUAAUAAUUAUAGUUAACAAUAUUGUUAGUAGUGAUUGUGCCAACAACACAGAGAACGAUUACCCUGCGUUGAAUCCCAAUUGGCCCUAUUGUUUUGAAUUCACUUGGUUCGGACCGGACUAUGAUAACGUAUCUACGUAUAAUAACACUUGUGCAGAUUACUUAGAUGAGACAAGGGCUAAAGGGGUACCAUGUGCGGCCCCCAUUGUUAUUUCAUAUGAUGGGACAUUACCAAAUAUGCAGUACCUUUGGGACAAACAUAAAGCAAGUAUUCUUUGUAAAAGAAGUAUAAAUCAAAGAUGUGUUAAAUAUACUUAUUAUUUCAACAAUCACAUUGCCAAUAUUACUUACAAGUGCGCAAAAGUACAACAAAGCAAUGGAGGAUUCAUUGAUAGUGGAUGUUAUAAACAAAAAUUAAUCCCAGGCUAUGAAUCGGAAGUUUGUGUGUGUAAAUCUACAACUGGUAUAUAUCCACCUUGUAACAAAUCUUCUAUGAUUGUGAAUAAUUAUUUUAAUAUUAUUGGAGUAUUUUUUUUAGUUAAAUAUUUUAUUUAAUUUGUACCUAUUUACUAAGGGCAAUGAAUCUGAGGAGGAUUUGCAAUUGAUAAAGCAAAAUUAAUCGAUUUUUUA